UUGGGACCCUGAAAAGAGGCCGCCACGGAGUCCACCGGAGCCACCGCCGCCGCCCGCGUCGGAAACGCCGGGCCGCAGCCGCCGGCGAUGCCGAGGAGGAAGAGGAAUGCAGGCAGUAGUUCCGAUGGAACGGAAGAUUCCGAUUUCUCUACAGAUCUCGAGCACACGGACAGCUCGGAGAGCGACGGGGCGUCCCGGCGGUCGGCCCGCGUGACCCGCUCCUCAGCCCGGCUCAGCCAGAGCUCUCAAGAUUCCAGCCCCGUGCGGACCCUGCAGGCCUUCGGCUCGGAGGAGCCGGCCUACUCCACCCGCCGGGUGACCCGCAGCCAGCAGCAGCCCGCCCCGGUCACCCCCAAAAAGUACCCGCUCCGCCAGACGCGCUCGUCCGGCUCUGAGACCGAGCAGGUGGUGGACUUCUCCGACAGAGACACCAAGAAUGCGGCCGACCACGACGAGUCCCCGCCGCGCACGCCCACCGGCAACGCGCCCUCGUCCGAGUCGGACAUCGACAUCUCCAGCCCCAACGUGUCGCACGACGAGAGCGUCGCCAAGGACCUCUCCCUGAAGGACUCGGGCAGCGACCUCUCUCACCGGCCCAAGCGCCGCCGCUUCCACGAGAGCUACAACUUCAACAUGAAGUGCCCGACGCCCGGCUGCAAUUCCCUGGGGCACCUCACCGGGAAGCAUGAGAGGCACUUCUCCAUCUCCGGGUGCCCCCUCUACCACAACCUGUCUGCCGACGAGUGCAAGGUGAGGGCCCAGAGCCGGGACAAACAGAUCGAGGAAAGGAUGCUGUCCCACCGGCAAGACGACAACAACCGGCACGCGACCAGGCACCAGGCCCCGACGGAGAGGCAGCUGCGUUACAAGGAGAAAGUGGCCGAGCUCAGGAAGAAAAGGAACUCGGGGCUGAGCAAGGAGCAGAAGGAGAAGUAUAUGGAGCACAGGCAGACCUUUGGGAGCACCCGCGAGCCCCUCUUGGAGAACCUGACCAGCGAAUACGACCUUGACCUUUUCCGGAGGGCACAGGCCCGGGCUUCAGAGGAUCUGGAGAAGCUCCGCCUACAGGGCCAGAUCACAGAGGGCAGCAACAUGAUCAAGACGAUCGCCUUUGGCCGCUACGAGCUGGACACUUGGUACCACUCGCCCUACCCCGAGGAGUACGCCCGCCUCGGCCGCCUCUACAUGUGCGAGUUCUGCCUCAAGUACAUGAAAAGUCAGACCAUCCUCCGCCGGCACAUGGCCAAGUGCGUGUGGAAACACCCCCCCGGAGACGAGAUCUACCGCAAGGGCUCCAUUUCCGUGUUCGAGGUGGACGGGAAGAAGAACAAGAUCUACUGCCAGAACCUGUGCCUGCUGGCCAAGCUCUUCCUGGACCACAAGACGCUCUAUUACGACGUGGAGCCCUUCCUCUUCUACGUCAUGACGGAAGCGGACAACACUGGCUGCCAUCUGAUUGGCUACUUUUCCAAGGAGAAGAACUCCUUCCUUAACUACAAUGUAUCCUGCAUCCUGACCAUGCCCCAGUACAUGAGGCAGGGCUACGGCAAAAUGCUCAUCGACUUCAGCUACCUGCUGUCCAAGGUGGAGGAGAAGGUGGGCUCCCCCGAGCGCCCGCUGUCCGACCUGGGCCUCAUCAGCUACCGCAGCUACUGGAAGGAGGUGCUCCUGCGCUACCUGCACAACUUCCAGGGGAAAGAGAUCUCCAUCAAAGAGAUCAGUCAGGAGACGGCGGUCAACCCCGUGGACAUCGUCAGCACCCUGCAGGCCCUGCAGAUGCUCAAGUACUGGAAGGGAAAGCACCUGGUCCUGAAGAGACAGGACCUGAUCGACGAGUGGAUAGCCAAAGAGGCAAAGAGGUCCAGCACCAACAAGACCAUGGAUCCCAGCUGUUUGAAGUGGAGCCCGCCCAAGGGGACCUAAGGGGGAACCCCAUUCCCCAGCCUUCCCGGAGCCAGUAAACCCCACCAGUAGAAAGUACCUAGGGGGUCCGUCUGUCCGCCCGCCCGCCCGUCUGUCUGUCCGUCCUACCCGUCGCGACGGGCAGGUCCGGUGCCCCCCAGCCCGGCGGGCUCCGCUCCGGCCCAGCCCCGGGCGGGUGGACACCCGCAGACACUGGUUCUGAGGAACUGUCGUUUCGGCCUCAGUGAGGCUGUUGGGAUCGGCUCUGUAUCGGACCCACCGGAAACACCCCGCGGCGCCGGCCCGGGGAGCUCUAAUCCGGUACCGUACCUGUCCAAUCACUGGUUCUGGCCUCGUGUGUCUGCCCCAUCCCCACGAGGUCGCGUGGCGCCCUCCGAGCGGUGGCCGGCGCCCCGGUCCGCCCCCGGGCGUGCCGGGCAGAGCUGCCCUCGGGUGGGGGCACCAUGCCCCUGGGCCUUAGCGUCUUUGGCCGCACCGUUCGGAGCGGCCCUGCUCCUCUUCCUCCCUCUUCCCCUUUCCCGUUCCCUCCCUCCUCACCCCUGGCCUAGAUCCGGCCUCCGCACUGAGCUCUUGCCCUAGAGCCGGGGGGAACGGUUGGCGGCGUCCCUCACCCGGAGGGAGAUGGAGGCUGGCAGAGAGUAGAACCGGGCCCGGGGUCCUCGGCCCCAGCUUAGAGCGGCCACCCUGAGGGGGGCUGGGGGCUAGGGCCCCCUUGCAGUCCAGGCCUUUGACGUGUCUGGCCGCCCCCACCCUUUCUUGCGUUGGCUGUGGCCGGCCCCGCUUCCAGGCCGAGGCCAACGUGUGUCCCCCCCACCCGAGGCUGCCCCUGAGCCGUGGGAGCGGAGACGCCCGGAGCCCCUUACCCAUCCCUGCCGGUGCUGACCUAGGUCAGCCCGGGGAGCCGGAUUGAGGGAGCCGGGGUCGUGUCCGGAUGCAGGGGCGCAGCUGAGGCCCCCACCUCUCCGCAGAAGUCCCGGGGACCCCAUCUCCCACGGGGUCCUGGGUAGCAGGGACGGGAGCCGCCGAACCCUGGCUCGGGAUCCCAAUCUAGGGCCCCGUCUGGGGGCUGCCCGGCCCAUCUCUCCCUAAGCCGUCACUGAGGGCCGGGGGCUGCGAGCACGCUCCGUAGCCCCUCGGCCCCCUCCCCUCCAACCACGUUCCGCAUUGUUUCCCUGUUGAGAAAGCAGCCCCGUGGUGGGGGGGUCUCCCGAUGGGUAGAGGCGGGUCUCCCUGAUGUGGUAGAAUGUGCUGUCCUGUAUCUAAUAAAGCAUGUUCUCUGCUC